AUGUGCGAUCUAUUUUGGAGUGAUGGGCGAAGCCAGGAGGAUUAUCAGGUAUUCGGAGAUGUACUAGCAUUCGAUGCAACCUAUGGGUGGAACAAGUACAAUCUCCCAGUUAUUGUUUUUUCUGGGGUUAAUCAUUACAACCAGACCUGUGUGUAUGCAACUGCGAUGGUAUCAUGCGAAUCAAUAGCAUCGUAUGUAUGGGUUUUAAGAAAGUUACUGGAAUGCAUGGGGGGUAAAGCACCGACAGUGGUGAUAACUGAUGGCGAUCGAUCAGUGCGUGUAGCUAUUCAGGAAGUAUUUCCCAAUGCUCACCACCGCUUAUGCACUUGGCACCUCCUGAAGAAUGCGACGGUUAAUGUAUGUAAACCCCGGUUCACAUUGUUGUUUAGACAUUGCAUGCUUGCCGAUAUUCAGGUUCCGGAGUUUGAACUGCUUUGGGAUGCCAUGCUGGAGGAGUGUGGGGUUAGGGAGUUAGAGUGGGUUAAGGACAUAUACGAGAAGAAAUCUUCCUGGGCAACUGCUUAUAUACGGGGUCGGUUUUAUGCUGGGCUCUGCACAACAUCUUGGUGUGAGUCGUUGCACGCAAAGUUAGGGAGGUUUGUGGAAAGGCGGUACUAUAUACUUGAGUUUGUAACCAAUUUUCAAAGAUGUGUGGACUUCCUGAGGGACAAUGAAGAAGAGCUUGACUUCCAAUCAUCGUACGGGACACCGAUCCUUCAAACCCAGUUUCUGAAGUUAGAAAAGUCAGGGGCAGUAAACUUCACACAGGAAAUUUUCUCAAGAUAUCGUGAGUCGCUUAAAAAGUGUGUUCGGGUCACUAUAUUAGAGUGCAUUCAAGGUGAAGAUAGGUGUGUGUAUGUGACACAAAAGUAUAGAAGACCUAAUUCACGGUGGACUAUGGUACAUAUGAGAAGGAAAGAGGAGUUUGUUUGCAGUUGCGUGAGGAUGGAGUCAUUCGGUUUGCCAUGUGUUCACAUACUAGCAGUUUUGGUAAGGUUAGAUUUUGUUUCCCUGCCUAAGAAUCUGGUGUUGCCGUAG